AUGCUUUCGACCAUUCUCUCUCCUCUCUUUGCAACGAACGACACUACUACCUCGACUACUCCAAACAACCAUUCAUCCACUUCCUCUCAGACUCGGAUCACUAGUACCACUCGAUCAACGCCAUCAUCCACUCCAAAAGCGAUUGAAUUUUCAUUUGAUCAUUUCAAAUACAUUCAACUUCCAACGGAAUUAUGGCUGUACAUUUUGCAAUAUUUACAAGUUCCUGAUUUGGAUGCCUUCUCGAGAUGUGACUCGACCUUGUUUCACUUUAUAAUGUGUCGAGAUGUAAAGAGAGAAAAUUCCUUCACAUUCACCAUUAAAAAUUGGUUUUCAAAUACGAUUGAGACAAGUAAGGAACAAGUAGAGUAUCAACGAGUUCAACAACUCAUUUGGAAACCCAUGUUGUUGCGAUACUUUCCAAGAUUUCAAGUUUCGAAAUUGGAGACGCGAGUGAAGAAUUAUUUGACUGUAUUGCAAAGAAGACUGCGCUAUAUUCAACAGCAAGAUGACAAACAACCAUUGUUGCAAAGACAAAUAAAAUAUUCAGCAAGGGAAUUGUUUCGAAUGGAACAAGAGCGACAACAUGAAGAAACGAAAAUGCAAUUACAGAAAGAGAAGGAAUUGAAUUUGGAGGAAGAUCAUCUUCCACAACAACAAGAUUUAACUCAGCAUCGUCACGAACAACCUCAUGAAGACAAUCCUCGUAGAGUGGUCAUUGAAGAAAUUUUAGACAUUGAAGAUUACUAUGAUAAUAUUCGUUUAAACAAAACUUGGAAACAUGGGUACAAACAUAUUCUUGAAGAUAAUUUUAUUGAAAAUUGUCAAUGGGUGUACAAGUGCCCUUUGAAUUUCACACAACUAGCGGAUGAAUUCAAAAAUUCUGCCAUGUGCUCGUAUUGCAAUGAGAGAGUGUACAGAGUGAGAAACGAGCAUGCAUUUAAAUAUCACAGCGAUAUGGGGCAUUGUGUAGCAUUUACUUAUAAGGGAGAGAAAAAAAUUGGAUGUGUGUUGUAUUAA